AUGGGGACAAAAGAGGCUCAGCAGCGAUUUGUCAGGAGACGAGAGGCAGCGGCUGGGUUCAGCCCUCUGAUCACCGCCUCACUAAAGAAAUCUGUCCAUGAGAAAAAUCUGAGCACAGGCUCUCAGUCAGAUCCGCAGGAGGGAUUUCAGCUGCUGCAGCAGAGGCGAGGAACGGAUCCCAGCUCGGGGGCGGCUGUGCUGUCAGCGGUGUCUCUCGGGCUUGGAUGUGCGCAAGGCUGGCCCUCUCGAGCGUUGGGGCCCCGACAGUUUAAUGGGACCCCGAGAGUCGGUCCCCAGGCCCGCUGCGCCCCGGGCCAGGCUUGCGACCCCCGGCAGCGGAGGGACGCCGGGGGCCGCGGAGGAGUGUAUGAACACCUCGGUGGAGCGCCGAGACGCAGGAAACUCUACUGCGCUACUAAAUAUCAUUUACAAAUCCAUCCAAACGGGAAAAUAGAUGGAUCACUGGAAGAAAACAACCCGUUAAGCAUCAUGGAGAUCACAGCAGUGGAUGUGGGUGUUGUGGCCAUAAAAGGGCUUUUCUCUGGCAGAUACCUGGCCAUGAAUGAUAAAGGCCGGCUGUAUGCUUCGGAAGUGUUCAACAAAGAGUGUGAGUUUCUGGAGCGGAUCCAUGAGUUGGGGUACAACACGUACGCGUCCCGCCACCACUCCACCGAGCAGCCGCUGCCACCAGGGGGCGUCAGCAGCAGCAAGCGCCGCGCCAGCGCCAAGCGCCAGUGGUACGUUUCCAUUAACGGCAAAGGGCGGCCACGUCGAGGCUUUAAGACCCGAAGCACGGACAAAGCCUCACUUUUCCUGCCUCGGGUGCUGGGCAACAAGGAUCAUGAGAUGGUGAGGCGGCUGAGAGACAGUCAGAGUGCACAGCACCAAACGCAUCACCAUGGCAGCCGAGGAGACCGCAGCAGACGCCAGCAUCGUGCCAGGAAAGGCCGGGGCAGACGGCCAGAUGACUGA